AUGCGGUACUCCGGUGUCCUUUUGCUUCUGGCCACCGUUGCCUGUCUGCUGAUCCCACAGAUUAGCGCCACCACCACCACUACCACUGCUGCUACCACCACCACUUCCGCCUCGGCCACCACAACCACUACCACAGCUGCGACCACAACCACAGCUGCGACCACAACCACCACGUCCUCCUCCACAAAGAAAAAAAAAAAGAGGAGGAUAAUCCACUUUUCGAGCAGUAGACAUACACCUAAACGGGUACGCACUAUCCAUAGGCACAAGUCCGACGAAGAUAGCUCCGACGAUCGCACCAGCACACGCAACCGUAAUCGUCGCCGCAGCAGCAGCAGCAGUGGCAGCACCAGUAGCCGCAGUAGCCGCAGAAGCCGCAGCAGACUCAGCAGCCGCAGCAGUGACAACAGUCGGAGCAGCCGCAGAAGAGCCCGACGUACCCGGCGUCUGUAUAAUUGA